AUGCUCCGCCGCACCAUCCUCACCAACAUCUACCGCACCUUCAACAAGCCCUCUCACAACCACCACCAAAUCAGCCGCUUCUCAACAACAACACACACACGCAAAAUGUCAUCCAACCCUGAACAACAACAACAACCACCAUCCUCAUCAAACGACUCAACCUCAACCCAAUCAACCUCAGAAUCCGGAGGCGUCCCCCGCAACGCCCUUCCAGCCCCAACCCCAGACGACAACGUCCAGACGCUCGACGUCAGCGGCUCCGGCUCAACCGUCAAGCUCGACGCCCUGGGGCCCCUCGUCGUCAACGCCGACGGCACAAUGUCCCGGAUCGCCAACUGGGACAAGAUGGCCCCCAUUGAGCGCGAAAACACCCUCCGCAUCCUCGGCAAGCGGAACCAGGAGCGCCUCGCCGCCCUCAGAGAGGCCCGUGGCAUCAGCGAGGGAGGCAAUGACAGCAUAGGCGCUAGUGGCAAUCACGACACUUCAGGCAAACAAUAG